UUCAAUCUAAAACGUUCUGGACUACAUGCAGUGGAGAUCCGAUUUGAUCCAAUUAAACACAGUUGCAGUGAGUCUAUCCAGUUCCACACCGGCUACCGGAACCGGUCACAUAUUAUUACAUUUCCUUUUUCAAUUCCACUCUCAGGCAGCAGCGUGUGAGUUACACCACCACCUUCUUCUUCUUCUUCUUCUUCUGAAAGCAGAAAAAACAAAAUGCUGUUGUAGAUUAACCACCGAAUUUUCCAAAAAUGGAGGGGUGGUUCUCAACUUCAACCUCACCCAGCAACGACGUUCAGCAGAAACCAGCAGGUUCAUCUUCUUCUCUACUUGCUGAUUGGAACUCAUACGCUUCAUCUCAGCAGGAUCAGGACCCUUCCAAUUCCACCGCAAUCACCUUCGAUCUUGAAUCAGCCGUUAGAUCUGCCAAUAACACUGUCACCGGCACUUUCAGCGUGGUUUCUAAAAGUGUCAGAGAUAUACCUGGAAACUUCCAGUCUGCAACUAGUAAUGUUCCUUCCGGGAAAGCACUCCUGUAUUUUGGUUUGUUUCUGGCGAGUGGAGUCUUCUUCAUUUUCAUUGCAUUUACCUUGUUCUUGCCUGUGAUGGUGGUUAUGCCCCAAAAGUUUGCUAUAUGCUUUACUCUUGGUUGUGGAUUUAUUAUUGGAUCAUUCUUUGCUCUAAAAGGGCCAAAGAAUCAGCUUUCUCACAUGUUUUCAAAGGAGAGGCUCCCCUUCACACUGGGGUUUAUAUGCAGUAUGUUUGGUACCAUUUAUGUAUCAAUGGUGCGUCAUAGCUACAUUCUCUCUGUUGUAUUCUCUGUUGUACAGGUUCUCUCACUUGGAUACUACGCUAUAUCAUAUUUUCCUGGUGGAUCUGCUGGAAUGAGAUUUCUGACCUCUGCUUUAACGUCCAGAAUAAUGACUUGUUUUGGGAGGUGAUUUGGUUUUGGUUAUUACAUUUUUUUGGGGGGUGGUGUCAGAUCUAAACUUUGUCUAUAGAUAGCGGAAACUCUGAACUUACCAUGGACAAGAUAAUGCUGAGUUGAAACAUCAUUUAAUAUAUUCUAAGAUUUCAAUGUUUGUUGCCA